CAAACUGCAGCGAGAGACAGGGAAAACGUGGUGUUUGUAGAAAUAAGUCCUCACCGAGUAUUGCAGCGAAGCAUAAAGGAAACUCUAGGAGGAGGCACAAAGGUGUUCUCUUCUUUGCAAACUGAUUCAGAGUAUCAGACACUCUUCACCCUGGUAGGAAACCUGUUCGAACUGGGAUACAAUCCCAACUGGCAGCACUUUUAUAAUGGGUAUCAAAGCGUUCCAGUGGCCAUUCCACGGUAUCAAUUUGAUCGCAAAAAACUCAUGGCCCGUCUGAAUAUCCAUCAGCAAGCAAAUCAAGGUGUCAGCUCCAGCCAUCCUUUGAUUUAUGGCAUGAACAGUGACAACAUAGAGUUUGGCUGCCUGCUGUCUCAGGAAACAACAUCGUACUUAUAUGAGCACAAGAACAAUGGUGUGGCUUUAGUCCCUGGUGCUUUUUACGUGGAGCUUGGUCUGGCCUCUGUGAUCAACAGCUCAAGACCUCGAGUGCCUCUGAGUAACUGCCAGAUGAGUAUCGGUUUUUCUGCGCCGUGUGUUCUCACACAGAAUCCCCAAGUCUUGAGUAUCAAACUGAGUCCGCAAAAAGCAGUGACAGCCUUUGAGAUCCUCUCUUCCUCCAACGCAGUUUAUGCUGCAGGCCACAUUGCAAAGGGGCCUGAAGCUGUGGUGGAAGAAAGCACCAUCUGCUUCCAAGAGGUCUAUCGCAGAUGCAAGUCAGUGGUUAGCAGAGAGGAGGUCUAUGAAGCACUGUCUCAGAUUGGCUUUCAGUAUGGUUCCAUAUUCAGGCAGCUCAGCGACGUGCACUAUUGCCAGGAACUAAAGGAAGCUAUUACAACCAUCAAGGUGAACAAGGAGACUGCCAGAGAGAUGCACCAGUACUGCAUCCAUCCCGUGCUGCUCGACUGUUUUCUGCAGAUGACCGCUGUCAUGACCUCAAGGACGUUCCAGUCCCGAGCAGGCUUUCCUUCAGGGAUAGGCAGCCUGGUGGUGCUCCGACCGCUGGAGGAAGAAAUGAUGAUCUAUAUGAGAACAAGCAAAUCCAUUGGGAACUGCCUAGAGGUCUGUGGAUGCUUUAUGGACAAACACGGCUCUGUUUUGGCUGAACUCAAGCGCGUUGCCAUCACUUUCAUGAAGCAAGCAUCUUCCAGAGACAAUGAGUACAUGUUUGAAAACAAGUGGAAAGAAGUCUCUGUCUCGCAGACGACUGGAUAUCUGGGACCUACGCCCAGAGUCCUAGUGCUUGCUGACAAGCUUGGGAUAGCCCAGCAGCUCAAAAAAUACUUGCAUCCUGAUUCGAGAUACGUUAUGUAUGAAGACUGGGAAGCCCUUUCGGAAGGGGACACACAGAAUAAAAUGAGAGCAGAGGUUAAGGAUUAUGAUGAAACUCUGUUCCUGUGGGGAAUUCAAAAGUUGAAUGAAGACUCCCCAAAGAAGGUGGUGGACCAAUUGGCAAAGUGUUGUGAAGCCUAUCGCCAAGUUAUUGUGGCAUUAAGAGAGAAAACGUCCCGCUGUUCAGUCAGAGUUAUCACCUACAGAACAACAGAAAGAGAUGUGGACCAUAUUAACUGCGGGUUUGCGUUGCACGGCAUGACCAGAACUUGUGCCGCAGAAGUUCCAGAAAUCACAUUUCAGAUUAUUGACCUCAGCUCUUCCAGUUCGCUGGACAUCUCAGUGCUAGCAGAUGUUCUUGUGAAACACACAAGUGUGGACUAUCCAGAAGUUCGCAUCAGCCAAGGAAGAGCUUAUGUAGCUGAAAUCAGACGCACACCUUUUGUAGAUGCAGAUUAUGGCCAACCUGUAAAAUCUCUCCAGAAGUCAGACACAUUCACUUUGUACACUUCUGAUCCGUACACAGCAAAGGACUUGUCUGCUGAAUUAUCCACCAGCACUGCUACUCAGCUUGACAAACAGAGCGUUGAAAUUCUAGUGGAUAAAAUAUGUCUUCACUCAGAAGAUUAUUUUCCCAUUAGUGUGUCUAGUCGUAACUUUGGUAACACACUGUAUUGGAAUUCACAAGCAGUAGACAAACACGGACUUCUAGCUCUGGAUUUCAGUGGCAUAGUAAUAGCAACAGGCAGUGAUGUGAAGAAAGUUAAAGUGGGAGAUCACGUGGUUUCAUGUUAUCCAGCUGCUGCAUCAUCCAGAGUUUGCAUUCCAGGCCCAGUUUGUUUCAAUGUAAAGAAGUUCCCAUGCUUUCAGAACGUCCCCUGUAUGUCAUACUUUGUCCUUGCAUGGGAAAUCCUCAAUCAGAGGUUACCCAAGGGGAAAAAUGGCAGAACAUUGGGUAUUAUUUCAACAGAGACAUCGUCAGUUUUGUGCCAUGUUCUUUCUGCGGCAGCAGAAGAGAUGGGUUGGAGAACAGUUCUUGCGAGGCCUACUCCUGAUAAGUUGCAGUAUAUAAGCAUAUGCAAUGCCCUUGUUGUUCUUCCUCCAGUAAACAAACUGUCUCAGGAGGAUCUGGCCCAU